UCGGAGUGAAGUACACCGAGCAUCAUGAGGAUCCUGCGAAUUAUUGUGCUGGCAUGCGUAGUAUUCGCUGCGACCGCAGAUGUGGCACAUAUAAAGGCUGCUAAGGCGAAGUUCGUCAGGCACCUGAGCGGUGCGAACGCACACCACCAGCAUGGGAUCCUGUCACACGUGCCGCCCUACAAGCUUGGCCACGACAUUCCACUGGUGACGCACUCCGUCGUCAAGCCAGUGGUGGUAUCUUACCCCCCCACCGCGGCCGUAGCGGCAGUCAAGGUGCCGCUCUCCCACCCCCUGGUGCCCCAUUACCCCGCGCCCCUCGGCCACCGCGUGCACGGUUUGCCUCAUCCGCACUAUGCACUCAGGUUUCCUCACUCAAAGUACUAUGUGAAACAAGAUGAUCAUUUUCAUCAUCACCACCACCACCACGUAGCUGCUAAGCCACUGAUCCCAGUAGUUCCUGCCCCGCCCCCUCCAGUGGUUCACCACGCAGCACCAGUCGCUCCAGUGCUGCCCGUCGCCCAACCAACAGCCUCUUUUGCUCAUCCUAUCCCAGCUCCACCUCCUGCAGUUCCUGUGAUUCACGGUCCUGCAAUACAUCCUCAGCCUGUUCACAUUACAUCACCGCCGAUCUCUCUAUUCCAUCAGAGUCAUUUCUUAAAACCUUGGUUAUCAGCGGCCCCUGCACCUGCUCCAGUAUACCCUGCCCCUCAGCAGUACGUGAUCCGCCCCGGAGCUGCAGUCCAGACAUCUUACUUCGCACAAUAUCCAAGAUAUCCUUUUCUGAACAGCUAUCAAUCCCCCAUAUAUCCUCUUUCUCUUCCACACUCUGUGCCGGUGGAAACACCCGUCCCAGCUGUUCAUCAAGUUCAGUUCCAUCAACCACAUUUCCACGUUCCACAAGUAGUACCACAACUGCCACAAGAGGACUCACUAGAACAUCACACGCCUAACGUUUUCUUGCAACAAACGCCAAGUGCUGUGCAUCCUGUUCAUUCGACUCAUGAAGUUCCUCAACCCACACUUCACGUGCACCCGACCGAGGAGUCCUUCCAUAUCCAUCCAACGCAUUCGCAACCCUCGGUGCAUCUCCACCCGACACAAGCGACGCUUCCACUUGAACACGAUGGCUGGUCGCCGGUCCCCGCGCAACCACAAGAAUCGCACCAUGACUCCCACUAUCCCGAACAAUCUCACCACUUUGUUCAGGAACAAGGGAACCAAGUGUACGAGCACCACACGGAUGAGCAGUAUCAUGACUAUCAACAUCAGAUUCAUCAGCACAUCCAGCAUCAAAUAGAACAAGCGCAGUACGAACAGAGCCUAAAUAACCAGCACCAGUUGCAGCAGGACUAUGGAGCCCCGCAGCCAACGCAAGAAUACGGUCUUCCUUCAAGUUACCAGCAGCAGGAUCAGGAGUACCAUGCACAGCAGCAGGCACAGGAAGAUUAUAACCUGGCACAGAAUCAGUACAAUGCCGGCCAGCCUGGUCAGGAGUACGGGCAGCCGGUGGCGGAGGGGCGCGGCGCUGAGGAAGACCAGCGGUUCCACAACCACAUUCCGCUGGCUCUCCAGCCACCGAUAGACCGUCCACUAGACCACUUUCACUGACAGUUGCAAUGUCGCGUACCGGCACCAUCUAGUAAUGUAAUAAGCAUUUAUGGAAGGGUCUACCUCGUCAUGUGUGUGAUAUUGGACAUGGUUGAUUGAUAUGUGGACGAGAAUGAGGUCAUGAAGUGACAGUGUGCACUGUAGUUAACAACGAUAUUAUUGUACCUUUUAAGCUAACCUUGCUUUAACAUAUGUUUUAUAGGUUUUUAUACAAAAUUACAAUGAAUGUAAAUAUUGCCCUACUUUAAGCAAAUAAUUGUUAGUUAAACACGAAUAUUUAUUUAAAAAAAUAAACUUGUGUUAUUUAA